AAUGAAUGAAAUAUUACCAGAUAUCUCAGUUCCUUAUCCUUCUUAAUCAGCAGAUAUUAGUAGUCUUCCUUAAGUGAGUAUUGAACAGGCACUUGAUCACCGAUAAGCCAAUAGAGUAGGUCGACCAAAUUAUAAAGGAAGAAUUUGUAAUUGCUGUGGUUUGCAAAUUGUAUAUAUAUAUUUAAAAAGGAAAGGGAAAUCUUUAAUUUUGGAAUAUCUAGUGAUCAAUUGGGAUUUUUAGGCAGUGGUUAUCCUUUGUAUUUCGAUUUUAUCAAAUCUUGUUUAACCAUAAUUGCUAUCUAAUAUAUCACAGUUGGAAAUUUUUAAUUAAUAACUCAUAUUGGAACAUUGUUUGAAUUAUCAGAGACUAAGGAAGGCUUAUAGGAAAAGUAAGGCAUAUUAAGUCUAACUGCUUUAUACUUUACUAUGAUCUACUUAAUCUAUUUUAGACAUAAUUAAAUAAAGUUAGAUAGUUUUUGCGACUUAAAACAAACAACUCCAGGAGAUUAUACGGUAUUAUUUCAAAAAUUACCUUUGGAUUUAUCAAGAGAAGAAUUAGAACUGAAAAUUAAAGAAGAAUUUGAAAAUGUAGUUAAAGUAUGCUUUAUUUUUAAAUAAAUAAUUAAACAAAAAAAAAAUAAGAGAAUAUUUUUAGAACAAUUAUAAGACACAUACUUUGAAUAAAAUUACUUUUCUGGAAGUGCUUUAGUAUCAUUUAAAUAUAAAUAAGAUAAACUUUAAUUCUUAAAAAAAGCUAAAUACAAUAAAUUUAAAUAUUAUCUUAAAUAAUUAUUGCAUCUAGAUUUAAACAAUGAUGGAUAUGUAAACUUUUAAGGAAUACGUUUAGCUGUUAGAUAAGCUCCAGAACCUACAGAUAUUAAUUGGAAAAGUUUAAAUGAAUGGAUAGAAUUAUCAUAAUUUAAAAGAAUACUAGAAAUCUUUAUUAACUUUUUAUUAUUGAUAUUGUUAUUAGUAGUGACUUGUACUACUGAAUAUAAAACAAACAAAAUGAUAUCAUUUAAAUCAAGUUUUACACCAUUAAUAACUAUUAUAUGUUAUUAUAUUUUUCCAUUACUCACAAAAAGAAUAACAUUUAGAAAAUAUAUUUCUUGGACAGAAACUUAAAAGAGUUAAUCUUUUAAAUUGACAAUUCUCAUGUCUUUGUUUACAAUCUAUGUAGCUUAAUUUGUUGAUGGAGAAUUGUUUUGGCUUUUUGCAUGGUAUUAUAUAUUAUAAUUAUAAUUAGUAAUUCAUUUCUUCCUCCUUUAUUUAUACUUUUAAAACUAUAAUAGUAAAUAAAAAAUUACAAAAUUAAAUAUUAACCAUAACCAUAGACUUAAGAUGAAUUGAAUAGACUUUAUGAACUUCAAUAACACAAUUUAACUAGAAAUCAUGCUUAUAUUAAUUAUACUAUGAUAAUAACAAAUAUAUAUGGGAAUCUUAUGCCAAUUAAUUCAAUUAUGUCAUUUCUAGGAUUAAGUCUUUAUUAUUGGGCUGAUAAAUAUGUUCUACUUAAUCAUUCUACAGUUAAAUAUUAACCAUCUUCAAAUUUAUCACUUGAAAUGUUUACAUUAAUAUCCUAUACUCCUAUUAUAAUAUCAUGUCAAAACUAUAUGAAUUCAAAUGAGAACAAGAUUUCUCUAAUUUAAUUAAUAAGUGCAUUCAUAUUUUAUUUAAUCCCUAAAGACUUAAUUAUAAAUAAAAUUUGGAAAACAAAAAAGAUUAAAGAAUUUUCACCUUAUGAUGAAUCUUAAUUUAAUUCUUGCUAUGAUAGAACAAAUCCUGCAUUACAAGAUAAAGCAAUAAAUAAUUGGGUAAACUAACAAAAGAAAGCUCAUGCAAAAUAAAGAAGAAUUUUACAUUUAUUAGAUGAAGAAUAAAAAGCUAAACAAAAAAAAACCUUGGAAAAAUAAUUAAUGAAAAUUUAAAAAUAAAUUGGUUAACUUGAAGCUUAGUUGGAAUAAAAGUAAACAGCAAAACUAAUAACUUAAUCAGAUUAGGUUUCACAAAGCUUUAAUUAAGAUAAAUCAGAGGACUCUUGA